UGGUUGUACUCACUACUCAACCUGUAUACAAUUUAACAUGUAUAGUCCGAACUAGGUAUUUUACCAGAAAUUUAGAGAUCUAUGUGACUUACAGUGUACACCAGCUGAAAACAGGGACUUCACCAUAGUGACUGUAGUGAAGCCUAAUUUUGUAUAUAUCACUAUAGGUCUAAGGAAAUUAGUGGAAACGUUCCAAGUUAUUCUGUUGCAGUGCAGUGUUGGGGAGCUGGGAGAAGGAGCAACGCUGCCUUGAGUUCGGCGCGGGGAAGCGCUGGCGCACGUGGGAGGCUAGUAACGUGUACGUGUAGCAGCACUUUCCCCUGUAUUUCAGAAGGGCUCGUCGAAUCAAAGAGAUACCAGCAUAACUCCUCGGUCGAAUCUAGAUCUCCUUUGCGACUCGCAUCUUUGGAAAAAAAUAUACUUAUUGCCAUGGCAACCCUCAAAAGUGAUUAUGAUGACGUCAUCAUCCCUGAGGACAUUUCUGCGAUGGAUUUCAUUUAUGAAAAGUUCGAGCAAUAUGGGGACUCAACUGCAGUGGCAGACGCUGCUUCAGGACGAUCGUACACCUUCGCUCAGGUGAGAGCCUAUUCCAGACGGAUUGCUAGUGCCCUCUCUAGGCAAGGAAUAAAGAAGGGGGAUGUGAUCGGCAUCGUGAGCCCCAAUCUCCCGGAGUAUGUGCUGAUGCUAUGUGGGGUAGUUGAGAUGGGCGGCAUAGUGAGUGGUGUCAACCCCCUGUACACUGAAGAUGAGCUUCUCCAUCAAAUGCAGACUGUUGAUGCAAGGCUUAUCGUGACGGUGCCACCAUUUGCCGAGAAAUGUCUUAACACCAUGAAACGAUUCGCCAGAGUUCAGGAUGUUUAUGUGUUUGGGGAAGCAGAAGGCUGCAAACCCUUCAAGUCUCUCCUAGCUGAUGAUGGUAGCGCUUGCCCUGAUGUGAAAGUCUCUCUAGAGGACACCUUCGCCCUGCCUUUCUCCAGUGGAACCACAGGCCUGCCAAAGGGGGUCAUUAUCACCAACAAAACUCUCGUCACUAAUCUACGCCAGCUUGAAAGUCAUCCUGAUCUAACGGAUACACAUCCAGGAGACACCGUUCUUGCCUUGCUGCCAUACUUCCACUGUUACGGUCUGAUAAUUAUCAUGCUUCAUGGGCUACGUGCUGGGGCCAGACAGGUCACCAUGUCAAGAUUUGAACCGGAAGUCUUCCUAAAAACUAUCCAAGAUUAUAAGGUCAAUCUACUGUACCUGGUUCCUCCCAUCAUUCUCUUCCUGGCCAAACACCCAGUUGUGGACAAGUUUGACCUUUCAUCCGUCAGUCUGAUAUUUUCUGGAGCCGCAUCUCUAGGGGGCGAACUAUCAGCGAGUGUGAAAACGAGACUAGGGAUCAAAAUCAUCAAACAAGCUUAUGGUUUGACAGAAUCUGGACCUGUUUUAACCCUCUCCCCCUCCUCUAAGGACGUCCCGUCGAGCGUUGGAAAGCUCGUACCCAACACAGAGGCAAAGGUUGUGGAUACCGUGUCAGGAGAAUUGCUUGGAGAGGGUCAGGAUGGUGAGCUCUUGUUCAGAGGACCUCAGAUCAUGCCAGGUUACCUCAACAAUCCUGAGGCAACAGCAAGGACCCUCGACGCAGACGGAUUCCUGCAUACAGGGGACAUAGGCCACUAUGACCAAGAUGGUUUCUUCUACAUCGUUGAUAGGCUCAAAGAACUUAUCAAGUAUAAAGGUUAUCAGGUUGCUCCUGCUGAGCUGGAGGCUCUCCUUUUCACCCAUCCCUCCAUCAUGGAUGCCGCUGUGAUCGGAGUUCCAAACGAGGAGGCCGGGGAGCUGCCUAAAGCCUUCAUCGUGCCAAAUAACGAAGAACUAACAGCGGAUCAGGUAGCAGAGUUUGUGGCAGACAAUGUAGCCCCCUACAAGAAACUAAGGGGUGGAGUGGAGUUUGUGAAGUCCAUCCCUAAGUCAGCUUCGGGGAAGAUAUUGAGAAGAGUCCUCCGAGAAAAAGAGGCCAAUCCUGAGCAGGCCUAAGGUACCCUGAUAUAGCAACUGAAACCAACAUGCAAUAGUAUAGCCAUUUUUCUACAUUGUGCCAUAUGUAAGAAUAUUCAAAACAAAUUUGCAUAUUUGUAACAGGUUUUUACUACCGUAAAUCUCCGUGUAUAAGGCGCACUUUUUUGCCGCCGAAAAAAAUUGA